UUUCUCCUAUUCUUUUUUUUAUAAUCGUUACUUUUUUAUAAUUCGGUAAUCUCUCGAUCACAUUAAAGUAAGAUUUAAUAAUAAUGCGCCAUCCCAGACUGCUGUAGCUGAUUACUGGCAUGUUUUUUUUUAAAGAUCGGUGUGUUUUAUUAUCUUGUCGUCAUGUAACAUCAGGCUCAUUUCCACUUAAAAUACUAAACGCCACUUGUGUUCAGAGUCAUGUUUUAAAUUAGCCAGCGUCCGAAGCAAGUGAUUUAUUUCCUGGUGUCAAGUAACAAACCAAAAAGGGACAGGAUUUUGCAGCUUAAUCUCUUUUAUACCAGGAAUGACAUUUAUUUAACUAAUUUUAAUAAACGGUGAAAACCCGCUCUAGUAAAAUUGUAUUAAAUGAUUCACUGCACUUUUAAAUUCAGGCUUGCACACGCUUUGAAUUAUCACAUGAGAAGUGGUUAAAACAGGGUAAAUCCACUCACUCUUGUUUAUUAAAUCUGUGUUCAUGCUGAAGCAGGGAAAAAUGCUGACUUAAGUAUGCAGAGUAAGAAGAGUGUGGAGCAUAACCUUGGUUUUAACUAAUUUUGAUUACUUUGCAAGUUGGAAGUUUGUUGGUCAGCACAGUGAUAACUUAAGGUGUGUGUUUAAUUGAUUUGUUUAUACUGAUUAAAAAAUAUCCCACAGAUUUAGUAAGGCUCUUUUACUUCAAGUGAAGAAUUUGUGUUUUCCACACACUAUUGGUUUUAACAUCUCAGUGGCUUUUAGAAUGAAAGAGCCCUGUGGUUGGUUUUCUGUGCGCGUUAGAGCAGGUGUUCCCAAUCCUGAUGGUGGAGGUCCACACACCUGGUUUUUGUUCCAGCCAUGCUCCGUUACACAGUGAAUGCUAAAUUGCUUUAAUAACAUAUCGGUUUAAACUGUUUGAUCACCUUCGGUUCUUACACAUUUGGGGUUGCCUUCUUACUAACGGUGAAAUCGUUAAUUCUUUUAAAGCUUCAGUUAGGUAAUGAUCUCAGCUGGAAUGAAAACCGGCAGGUGUCCUGACCUCCAGGAUCGGGAUUGAGAUCCCCUGCGUCCGAGCACUGCUUCCCAAUCCCCAAUCCCGGAGUGCCCCCAUGCUUGCUUGCUUUUUCUUUCUUUCCCUAAAACUAAAACCCCGGCAGAAAAGUCAAAAAGCAAGCAGUUCAGAUAAAGGUUUGUUAAAAAUAAUCAAGAUCGUGUUACAAUGAAUGCUAGGUAUCCUAGCGUUGGGACGCACUGAGACGUAUUCCUAGAUUACUAUAUUUUGUUGUCCACGUUUUUGUGUACUAUGAACGGUAUUACCCUUUCCCUGUUUUGCCCUUCAGUAGAGUUUGCUUCUCUUUCUGUAAAACAGCAAGUUUGGACUAAAAAUUGCAAAUUGAUUGUUUUAAGAUUAAUCUGUCGGAUAUAUGGUUGUGCAAAACACUCUGCGGGACAUCUGUAAACACUUUAAAACCAGAAGUAAAACACCAUUUUUUAUUAACAUGUUGUGGCAUAUGGAGAAAUAGAACUGCUGAGAACCUGAAUGCUCCCAGUUUCACUUCAGGUUUGAGGUGAAUGAUCGGAUUUCUGAAAUAAAUUUCAAAAGUGUUGGUCAGCUGCUCAGUUUUGCAAACGCCACAGUUUUCUCGGACAGCAGCAAACUUUUCAUAUUACUCUCAUGGUGGUAGCUCUGUUAUCAGGAUUUUUUUUUAACAUUUUAGGGACAGACCUGGAUUUGGUUUUCCUAUCCAGUGUAUUUCCUUCGAGUUAGACUUUGUUGCUGUAUACACCCAAGCUGCUGAGUGUUUAUUACACCAAAUGAUUUUACAGUUCAGGGGAAGCAGUUAUUGGUUUCAGUGCUGGCUGUGAGACUUUGGUCACAUCUGAAAUACGUCAGCUGUAGAUGCUGGCUACAUAAGUAUUGUUUCUGCGGAGGUGUGGUUCAUUAGAAAUCAUUGCAUUUUCGGACGUACGGCAGAAUUAACAUGGAGAUUUAAUUAAUUUUUUACUUGGGCAAAUGGGUGGAGCAGGGGUUGGGUAAGUUUGGUUUCCUCUCAACCUAAGUGUGUUAAAUUAUUAGCACAUGCAUCUCCUCAUGGCUCAUGAUUUGUAGCUGCCUGCAUCUGUCAACCUCACAGUCAGUCUUCAUAUUUACAUUUAAGGUGUUUUGCAACUGUGCUGAGGGGAAGGACUCAUUUUUUGCAGGCUUUUACUCAUGUGAUGUAGUUCCUUUUCUGGUAUGUUGAGAAACAUAGAGACUUACAGCUCUGGGACAAACCAUAUGUACACCAAGGAAGGUUAUUUGUGUGUGGCCAGUGUUCUUUUGCUGAAACGCGUUGCAUUUUAAGUAGAGUAUGUUUUCAUAAAUGGACAGAAAAAAUAUUUUGACUGGAUGCUGAUUUUUAUCCUGUUAAAUGGAAGGGAUGUGUGUUGCUGACAUAAUUGGUGUAUUGGGUACUUCUUCAUUGCAGGUGUAUUGUAUAAGUAGACACCAGGGUUCUCCCUUCAGAAGGCCUUUAUGAUGUAGCUGUCUUCCAGGUGCUUCAUCCUCACACUGAGAAACAGAUACAAGACCAUUACUUUACCAGCCCAUUACUCUAAAGCACUUAAGCGGUGGACAAAAACAAACAUAGCCCUCCAGGAGUGAUAAGCCAGCUUUUGCAAGGGUCGUGUUUCAGACUAAGCUGUCCAGUGGAGAUGUUGUGUUCACAUCUCUUCUGGCUUACAUUACAGUGCUGUGUUUGGAAUAUUUAAUAUGGCUACUGAUGACAGAAAGUCCCAUUUUUAAAAGUCAUCAACAGUAGGUGCAGUACACACAGAGACAGUGUCCUGUGGUAUACAGUGACAUUUGUAUAGACAGGAAUGUAGUUUCUGGGCCUUACGAAAUGUGUUGUGGUUUUCCUCUGUACCGGUGGACAUCAAGUAGUCUCAGAUCAACGUGAAGUAAUGCACAUCCUCAACGUGAUCAAGUAAGGAGUAAUGGGGAUGGCUGUUCCAGUGUUCACAUGAGCAGCUCUGGAUGACCUCAUGAAAUCCACAGCAGACUAACACCUUUUGAACGGCACGGGUGAAGACCGAUCCCUACAUCGGGAGGGACCUGCAGAAUGAAGAAGAUCAGCCUUAAAACGAUUAGGAAGUCCUUCAACCUGAACAAAGGCAAAGAGGAGGGCGACUUUGUGGUGGUGCAGCAGCCGGCCUUGACUCCCGACUUUGUGAAAGAAGAGUCUAUUUUCGGGGGUUGCUACAGCAAAGAGCUGGCGAGCUGCGACUUGAACGGCGACGAGGAGAAGGGCCAUAAGAGCCGAUCGAAGAGUGAGAGCCUCAUGGGCACGUUGAAACGCAGGCUGUCCGCGAAGCAGAAACCGAAAGGCAAGGGGGGCUCGCCGGCGGUCAACUCGGCGGAUGACGACGACACCUUCUCCUCUUCCUCGGCCCCCGUCGGCUUUAACGACGUGAAAGCCCAGCGCCCCCUGAGGUCUACCUCCCUCCGCAGCCAUCAUUACAGUCCCACGCCUUGGCCGCUCAGGCCGGCCGCCUCGGAGGAAACCUGCAUUAAAAUGGAAGUGAAGGUGAAGGCCUUGGUUCACUCGUCGAGCCCCAGCCCAGCUCUUAAUGGUGUUCGCAAGGAGUUCCACGACCUGCAGAUGGAUGGGCUUUUCCAAGAGCAGAGCAGCUCCUUGAAGAACUCGGAGGCCCAGAAUGGUGACUUGCAUCUAAACAUUGAUGAGCACGUGCCUGUAGUUAUUGGACUCACACCUCAGGACUAUAUUCAGUACACGAUGCCUUUAGAUGAGGGAAUGUAUCCUGUGGAAGGAUCGCGCUCUUUUUGCCUGGAUAGCUCCUCGCCCAUGGAGGUGGUGUCUCAGAUGGAAGGCAGCGCCCUUCAUGUGGAUGAAGGACAGGUUGACCAGGACCUCGUUAUGUCUCCAGACAUUUUCAUAGACCCUUCAGUAAACGGACUCUUGAUCGGAACCACAGGCGUGGUGCUUCAGAACCCGCGUGUAGAUGCUCCGCCUCUUUCACCUCUGCUACCUCCACUCCCCAGCAGUCAGAUCCAAAGGAACUUUCCGGGGUUAAGCGGUGCUGAUGCCCAGGUUGCUGAAAGGGUACGACACCAUUUAAAUUUCGACCCGAACUCUGCCCCAGGUGUGGGAAGGGUCUAUGAUUCUGUCCAGAACAGUGGGCCGAUGGUGGUCACAAGCCUCACGGAAGAGCUGAAGAAGCUUGCCAAACAGGGUUGGUACUGGGGCCCUAUAACGCGCUGGGAAGCUGAGGAGAAGCUGGCCAACUUGCCGGAUGGGUCAUUUUUAGUGCGCGAUAGCUCUGACGACCGUUAUCUCUUAAGCCUGAGCUUUCGGUCACAGGGUAAGACUCUGCAUACUAGAAUUGAACACUCAAAUGGAAGAUUCAGUUUUUACGAACAGCCUGAUGUGGAAGGUCACACCUCCAUAGUAGACCUAAUUGAACAUUCUAUCAAAGACUCCGAAAACGGAGCAUUCUGCUACUCGAGAUCCCGCUUGCCGGGAUCUGCAACUUAUCCUGUUAGGCUGACAAACCCUGCUUCAAGGUUUAUGCAAGUGCGUUCACUACAGUACCUGUGCCGAUUUGUCAUUCGCCAGUACACGCGGAUAGACCUGAUUCAGAAACUGCCUUUACCAAACAAAAUGAAAGAUUACCUGCAGGAAAAGCACUACUGACAAUGCUAAUGGAACUUACUUGCAACUUGCACUUUGGGAACAGUAAUAAAUUGUAAAAUGGUUUACAAACAUUCAUAGGUAUAAAAAUGUUUGAUGCCAUUAUUACACUUGUUUCUUUUAGAAAAAGGUUUGGUUUUUGUUGAAUUGAGCAAAGGAUUUGACCGUCGCUUAAGCUAGGAAAGUUCAGAUUUGUUGUUGCUCAGAUUUGGCUGUUUAUACAGGAAAAAUAAAUUGUAUAAUUUUAUUUUCAGUUGGCCUGGAUUUCUUUAUAGGUAGAUCACAUGCAUGCGGAUUGAGUGACUUUCUGCAUGGCAUUUUGUUUUGACAGACAUGAUAAAUUAAACCUGGAAGGGCAAUUCUGUAGUCCAUAUGAAGAAAUGACCAAAGCACAUGGGAAUGUUGUGUGUAGCUUGAACAGGACGUUUUACGCAACGCUGUGUAUUACAACAUAUGGUGAACUAUAGGAAUGCACAAAAUAAGCGUACAUCUUUUGGUGUAUUUUCAGAUUGUUGUUCUUCCAUCGUGGAUUUAAUCCAGCCAGUCUAGCAUGUUUUGUCUGUCCUCUUGAAAUCAACAGCUGGAGACCUUUGAAAACCAUUACAUUGGUUCAGGUAGACAGAGCAGGAGGUAAAGUAGCUGAGAGCACAGGUGGAAUGAGCAGGUGAAGACACUGCAGCACUAAAGGAGAAGGGCAGUUGAGCAAUGCCAGGGUGUAGGGAGCAUCUGGUUUGUCCAGUCAUUAGCUCUGCUUUUAUGCUUAUUUUUUUUCCCCUGGAAUUUCAUUCUAAUGUUAUAUCAGUUAAAUAAGCAGUGUGGUGGCAUGGUGUAUUUCUGAGUAAAAACUCUAAUUUGCUCUUGCUUUCUUUCAGACCCUUUCUAAUAUGUAUUACUUCAACCCUCUUCUCAUUGCAUUUAAAAGUUCAUGACAGUAGGGUUAGUGAAUAUUUUUUCUUCCAUAAUUCACUUAUUUGGCCAUCAGAUAGGAGCUAACACAGGCAUGGGUUAAAUGUAAAAACUUACCUGUGAUGAAAAUACUUUUAAAAAAAAGCUGUGGAACAAUAGCUAACAGCUAAAACAAAAGCUUAAUAGCUAUGAUGAAAAUAUUAUAAUUGAAUAGUUGCAAAUUUAUGAGAAACGUAGGGAGUUGAGGCAAAUUCAGAUGUUGGGGAGGGGAGAUUGUGCAGCUUAAUUGUCAUUUUAAACAGUCAAAACAGUCAUCAAAUGUGCUGUAUUUUCAGCAUCAAGAAUGUGCAGAAGGUUUGACUGAUGCAAAUGUAGGUAAAAUGAAGGAAAAGCAUAGUUUUGAAAAUCUAACACUUAAAAUAUUUCAAAACUUAAGACUGUUUAAGUUUGUUAACAUUAUAAUGAAAUGUUAACUUAAUGCUACAAUAUGGUCAUGCAUUUGAACCUCUAGCGCAUCAACUCUUGAUUGAAAAUAUGAUCAGAUUAUUCAUAAAGCGUAAAGAGACAGAAUAUUAUCGGUAUACUGAUUUUUGUACCAUUCAGUAUGGACUGCUUGUGGUUGGAUAUUGACCACAGAAGCUGGGCUGUCACAUUCAGUCUUAGACUAACUGCUUACAUUAUGGAAGCUGAUUUUAGAAAGCAAAUGCAUUUACCAAGCCAACACUAUAUGACUACACUGCGGUUUUAACGUAUUGCAGAUGAUUUUAGAUAAACACUUUCCAGACUGUUUCUUGACUUCCAAAUAAUUUUCAUCUCUUAAUAAAACUAAUUUAUUAAUGAUAUUGAAAUGCAGUUGUUUGGAUUAUAUAUUUAAUCAACUUUUCUUGAUGUUUAAUCACAUUUAGAUUAAAUGUUUGUAUAUUUGGCUCUGCCUUAGGGGCUUCUGUUCUCAAUUUAGUUUUCUGUGUAAAGUACUAAAAAAUGGGCCGAUAACAUUUCAUUUACUAAACAUCAGUAUUAAGAAGUUUUACAAGGAAUCAUUUGAAUUUGCCUAGAGCACCACUGAUAUGCUAUUAUUGAAUUAAGCGGAGAGGAUUAUUAUGGUUUCUGCUCAGUGUCCAGUCCUGGUACUGUAUUUUUUGCGGUUUUAAUUAAAUGACAUAGAGUUGUAAGUAAUCUUCGCAAAGUCUGAAAACAACUUGUGCCUAUUGGUGUUGCAUUUUUAAUUACAGUAUAUAUUGGCUUAUAGCUCAGACCUUUGAUGAUGUGUGCUCUGCAACUCUGCAGAACUUCGGUCUCUAAUGCUGAGGUACCUAUGCAAGCAUUUCACUUCACAUCCUUUUGACUUUCCUCUCACAUUUCCCUGUGAAACGUCUGUGGAAAAAUCUGUGCAACAACAAAUUCAGAAAUUUGAAUUUAGUUUAAAUUGUCAGUGCUGCAAAGUGGUUUUUUGUUUGGGGAUGUGUGGUCUCUUAUUUCUAAAAAAAAUGGCAUAUACAACUUGACAAAUUUAGAUUUUUUAUGUGAAAGAUUUUUAUGUAGGGAUUUGUUAAAUUAUAGACGGAUUCAUAUCUUUUUUUCAUUCUGUAGUAUUUUGAUAAUCAAAUGGACAAGACUGCUUCUUUUGAAAGCUGGUGUACUCAUCAUCCACUUAGGUUUCUUAGAUCAUUCAAAGAGGCUUUCUGCAUUAGCUCAACCAGAUUAAUAGAUGGGCACAUCUUUGUUUUUGUUUUAACUGAAGUAUUUCUCACAGUUACAUGUUACAGAUUCUAUUAUCAGUUUGUGUAGUCUGCAGAUGUAUCCAAAGAUGGCUUAUUGUAGUGUUACUGUUUCAAGAAUAAACAUAAGGUAUUUAGGCAUUUCUGCAUGGCAUAAGGAAUCAGCACUGCCAUAAAUGAACAGUAUAGAAAUUGGUGAAAACAUGGGUACCUUGCACAUCGUUUGCAUUCCUCUCAUUAACUUCGUGAAAGUUUGAAAUGCCUUUGUUAGACACACUGUUUCUUCACUACCAUGUAGCAUUGCUGAGAUAAAAAUCAAUUCAAGAGCAUAUCAUUUGAAAGGGAAGAGCAUUGUACUCACUCAGAGGUGUUUUACAAGGGAACCUUUAUAUUCAAAUCUUUUUUCCCCCUCUGUAAACUUCUUAGAAAUUUCUAAAACGUUUUUCUUUGUUUUGUUCCGAAAACAUAGAGGCUAGGAAAGUAGUUGGAAACGAAUCAUCACAGACACUUGAGAACACACUCUGGGUGUCUUAGCUGUGGUCUCGAGAAGGAAAAAUUGAUUGACACUUCUCAUAGGAAAAACUUUUUGUCAGCUCAGAAGGUUUUUGUCAGUGUUGAGUGUCUUUAUUGUGAGGCCUUGAAGCCAAGACAGGGAACCCCAGAGCUGCAGGUUAUGCUGAAGGAAUGAGAAGGAAGGAGCUGAAUUUGCGAGUUAAGGAGCUUUAUUAUAUAUUGCUUCUGGGUAUGUGCUGAAGAAUAAUGUUUUAUGGAAGUAUGUGUACUGGCACAGAGAUAAUAUUCAAUUAUCACAUGUCCAGGGGCAGCUUCAGUGCGUCUCUGAAUAAGCUGUGGUGUUAAUCUCUGCACAGUAAAAGGGACAGUGAAGCAUUAUGGGAUGGCAUUGACAUGGGGAAAGGUAUGAAACUAUUAGGAAAUGCAACAAUAAGUGUACUGUAGUCAUAGAGGAAAAUAAUACCUUGAGCAGAAGUCUAAAGUCAGAUGGCAAAAGUGACAGCCGUUUGUCAAGGAUAACCAGCUAAAUGAGCUGGUCUCCAUGGUCUUCCAGCUCUUAUUCAUUCAAACAUUUGUGGUUUAGAAAGAUGGGCUUAACACCAGAUGUCACUAGUAUGUACUAAUAUGGCGCACAUUGGAAACUAUAAGAACAUGUAGAGUUAAAUUAUAUUAAGAAAGGUUAAAUGCAUUCUGUCCCAGUAUUAAUUUGUGUUAAAGCUCUUUUUUUUUCUUGUAGGUUGGACUGAAAUAUAAAAGUGUUCCUGGUAUAUAUUGCAAUAUUGUUUUUCUGCUGUGGUUUUCCAAAUACUUCAGUGGCUGGUUGCAAGGAUUUGCAAGUAAUUUUAAAAAGGAUUGUUUUUGCCUUGUACAUGUUAGAUAUUCCAUGGUGUUGCUUGUUGGAAAAGCUGAAGCGUAAUUAGUGUAAUGGUGUAAAGCACUUAACAAGCUUCACCUCGGUAAUUUUAUUUUCAUAUGCGUUUUAUUUUGAUGGACUUCAUGCUGUGAGUGAAAGUUUACAUUAUAUUGUAUACCAUAUUUUUUCCCAUUUGUUUUUUUCCCACAUAUGACAUUUUGGUACCGUUUUUUAAUUGUUUCUGAUGUGUCUUACACAUUUUGUGCUGCUUGAUUCUUUUUUUUUAAAUGAUUGCCUUCUUAUUCUAAGAGAUGGUGGGGGGAGUCAAUAAAAAUGUACAUACAACUUACAUUGGUUGUGAUCUUGGGAAAAUCAGAUUGGUGUACAUUUUGUGAAACAGUUAAUAUGAUGGUGAUUAUCAUUACGGAUCAUAGAUAGGAAUAAAGAACACUUAAGUUUACAUUUUAUUUUUUGUUCAGCAAGUUGUCUGACUACAUCAGAGUGUGAAUUAUCCAAAGUCCAUUUUUUUCUAUUUUGUUUCAGAAAGGAUCUAUACAGAUUUCUUGCACAUUUUUGAAAACAGUUUAAAAGGGUUUUUUGUAUCUGUUGAUACAAAAUGUAAAUAAAAGUCUUAUUCACA